CAGAUGUGUGACAACACGAUGGCGAACGGAACUCGAACUUGUGGGAAAUGUGAUUUAAAAUGUCAAUAACUUCGAGUCACGAUUCAACGAUUACUGCAUACAAGCUAACUACCGCGAACUCGCUAAAGAUCCUCUUACAGAAAGAGCCGCUCAUUACAAAAGUCCUCUGAGAGAAAUUUCAGCUUUACGCUCUGCACUUCCAGAUGAAGCCUUGUCGGUCGUCAGAUACACAAUCGAACCUCAAAUUCCAGAGGGAGAUUAAAAGAAACCCUUGGUUUAGAUGAAUAAAAUACGAGCCUAUUACACUGGCAGCACAGGAAGUUCUCUCCUGACUGAUCGAUACAAGUUCUGAACUACCUCCCAAACCCAUCACGAGUCCAUGCAAGAGUGGAAAGUUAAGGUGAGACACGCUGGCAGCCUAUGUGGCUAUGGCGAUCUUAGUGAUGAACGGUGUAGAGAAAAAUUUAUAUUUGGGCUGAAUGAUGAUAACAUACGUACGGAGUUGCUUAAAACACAUAUAAAACCUGACAACUUUAAGAAUUCCCUUUCCGAUGUAGUCGCCGAGGCGAGAGCUAUAGAGUCCGCCAAGCAGACAAACAAAUUAAUCGCAAACUCGUCCAUAAGAAUUGACGAAAAUGUCCACUGGACAGGCCUCAGACACAGCCAGAUGAAACUUCGAAGGGAACCUGGUACAUAUUUUUAGUGAAGAUUACAGGAAGUUCUCUGUUAAAUACAGGUUUAUCAUCAUCCCCCUGCCAUUCUAAAGAUAACAGAAGAGCUGAAGCUGCCAUUAAAGUUGCAGAAUCCUUGUUAAAAAGAGCUGAUGACUUCCACAGUGCCAUGCUGAUAUACAGGAACAACCAACCUCAAGGUCACACUUACUCGCCAGCCCUACGCAUGCUUCUACAACAUGCCAGAACCACACUCCCUACCACAGAUUAACUCUUGACCCCCACCACACUAAACUAUAAUUGUUGAGGAGGAGAUCUCAAAGAAAAGGUGCCAUAGCAAAACACAUUACCACAAGUCAGCUAGUGUAGAACAAGAACCACUCAUCAUUGGUACUUAUGCUUAUGCUAAACCACCUCUGCACCAGCAUGGGAAACCAUGGAUCUAUGGAGAAGUGAUCAACCAACACUGCUUAAGGCUGCAUGAUUCAAAGGAACAGAGUCCAACUAAAGCCUGCAGACCCAUCUUCCUGGAACCAAUCCCCAAGAAGUUGAAAUAAGCACGCACAACACAAACAUUUACCAGAAACGGUCAAUGGAAACUGCAGAGCCACCACAGUCUAGUCAACACCCUUCAGCCCAACCCAGUCUACCACUUUAGGGAACCCCCUUUCCUCAGACCCCAGUCAGUUUGCAAAUCAUAAAUACCACACUAGUUGACCCUCAGGCCCCUGAAGACCAAGCACCAGACAUUACACCACCACAACGCCAGGAACUAACACAGAAGUUAAGCAGACCCAGUCUUAACGGCUAAUUUAAAAUCCCAAAAGACUGAAAGACUAUGUCACAAACUAGUCAUAAGCUGUUUUUUUAUUUAUAAGCAUCGACUAAGAGUCACUGAACAUACAAACAGUUAACAUGCAUUUAUACUAUUGUUCUAUUGUUGUCAUUCGAGUGUAGCAUACCAUCUGUAUGGUCCUAGGCUAUGGGUAUUUAAGUUAUAGUCCCAGGUUGGUUUUUGUUUUGGGUUUUUAGUCUCUUUCUUUUGUUAGGAGAUGUUGGUUAGUGGCUACUCGCACAAUUAUACGUCAGAGAUACAUUCUUGUAGUCUGCCAUUUUGAUUGCACUAACCACAAAUAAAGGAAGUUCUGUCACAAGUAUUGGCCCCUAGACUUGGUGUCAGAAGUCAUGAUGGUGUUGUUUCUGUCACUAGUAUUGGUCCCUCAACUAAAUCUCUGAGGUGAUGACUAUAAAUAAAUUGAAAGCUGUUAAACUACUUGUGAGGUGUGUGCAAUGUAAGAUUUGCACAAAUUUUGUCGAUAUUCUCACAAAUUAUGACUGGCAAAUACAGAGAGACGAACUUGAGUCAUUGUUUUAAGUGUGUUUCGAUUGAGAGAUAACACUCUUAGACUGCUACGAAACUGGUACUAUGAAAAUGAAGAGAAGUUCAGCUGAUGGUUUUGUCACUAAAUACAGUCGACUCUUGCCCUGUAGACUACUCACCAUUAUGAACACUCUGCCAUUGUGGACAAGAGCCCUGAGCCCCCCGGCAAAAUGCUUAUUUCAAAUGCUAAUUAUCUAUAGGAAUGAGAAACAGAUAAACCAGCUCUUUAUUCAGGUUUUUUAGACAAAAAUAGAUAGAUUGUUUAAUUUUAUGAGUCUUUCAUCUGCAACCAUCAUACAUUUGUGUAUAUUGCAAGAAGUUUAUCGCAACUGUUGCAUCCAUUGGUUGGUCUUCCUGUGUUGUCUCAGUUGAGUUAUGGUGUUCUAAAUGGUAAUGAUGGUUAUUGUGGUAAAGUCAAUCAUUUUGAUAACUAGUGGCUGUCUGUUUACUUCAGAUUUGGAUGCUAUCGGUAAACCUCAAAGUGGACUUUUUUGGGGUAACACUGGUUGGUUAGGAUCUUACGGUGAGUGUACUGAAAGCAUUCCUGAUGCCCACUAUUGUUUGGCCGAUGUGGCUUUUCCACAGCUUUCCUUAACCAUUACAGAGGUCAGUAGUACAUAAAUUUACACAAUGUUAAAUUGUGAAUUAAAAAUAAUUGAUCAAAUUCUUAUAAAACAUUUUAAAUCUAUUGUAUUGUAAUACCUAAAGAAACUUAUUUUACCUUCAAUUUCCACUUUUCCAAGAUUUUAAAGCAUUUUCUGCUAAAUCUGGGGAUAGAUAGAUAGAUAGAUAGACUGUGUUUUAUUAAAAUUACAUUGCAGAUAAAACUGAAUUGCAUAACUUCACAUUAAUUAAUUGUACAAACUGUUCUGCAACACAUAUUUAUGAAACUUGUUGCCGCUCUGUUGGUCUUACAACGAUUAAGAUUGAAAUUCCUCUGUUUCCUAAAAUUGUAAUAAGCCUGAUAACUUUUUGGGAUUAAAGAAUGAAUUUUGUUGUUUUUGUUUUCUAAAACUGAUCGGAAAAGUGUCGAUGUCAACUGUUCUUGGUGGGUUCUCAAGCUUGGGAUGUUUGCUUGAUUGAGGGCUUCUUUGUAUGAUGCUCCAGGGAAGAUGCAUGCGAGGGCUCUUUUCUGCACUCUCUCCAGAUCGACUUGUAGAUAUUUCGGAAGUGCAUGGUGGAACACUGGGCAGGUGUAGUCUAGGUAGGACCUGAUGGUUGCGCAAUAGAUUGCUACAAGAUCGAUUGUCAGUUGAUCCCAUACCAAAUGCUCAGAACUUUAAUCAUAAGAAUUGUAUAGCAGAGAGUAAGCAGCAUUUCUAAUGUGAACAAGGAGUGAAAGGUUUAAGUGAAAAUAGAAUAUUGAGCACACCUGAACUAAAAUAAACAGCUCAGGCCUUUGAGAAUCAACAAUUAGAGAAUUCUCCAAUUUCCAGUGGUUAAUAAACCCUGUAGGAUGUACUGAGUGAGCCUAAAAUUAUGGUGCAUAACUGUGCAGUCAUCAUUUGUCUUUGUAACCUGACUAGUCUAUUCCUGUGCGCUGGGGUAUUUGUGCUCCAAAACAAUGCAGUGAAAAGGAUGUUACAGCAGGACUGCAAGCUAUGUUUACAGGUGUGUACAAUCACAAUUUUAUACUUAAUCUAGUGAGAAAGUAUUCCCAAGAUAGCACAAGUCAGGUGAAAGCUGGAAUGUAAGAAUUUUUAAGUAGUAAAGUCUUUGGUUUAUCUGUUUAUUUUUUUGUUUCCACACAGGAAUCAACAAGUAUAUGAAUCAGACUGAGGUAGAAUUAAGGCUGAUUUCUAACCUAUAUGGACUGCCAGCAAGCGACAAAGCUGUUCACUGCAAUAAGAAAUCAGAAUACACAACAGGAGUAAUAUUCACUCUGUAAGUAUGUGCAAGGAUUAUUUUUACAAUUGCUUUUAAUACAUAUAUACAAAUUGAACUUUAAUAUGUUUUAAACUCUUAACUCCCAGAUCUGAUUGUAAAUUCUUCCCUGCUGGCUGUGACACAUUUCCUUAACUACUGUAGGUCAAGAUAACUUUUGUUUGAUAAGUUUGAAUAUUCACAUCACCUGUUUGGUGGAUGAUGUAUGGAUAGUAUUGGGAGAAAUUAAAUUUCAAUCACUUCUGGGCUGUAAAGGAUGAAUGCAUGUGUGUGUACUAGUUAAGUGGUCUUUUUCCUAAUAAUGGUAUUAUAAACAAUGUUUUGCAUUUUUUUUAAACACAGAGAAUAGUUACUGUUCAGAUAUUAGUUUAUCAACAAAAACGUUUGAAAAUUUGAAAUACAAUUAAAUACUUUAAUCAGAUGUCAUGCAGAUUUCAAGAUAAUUAAAACAUCAUUAUUUUAAUUAUUAAUAAUUUUAAUAAUUGUUCACAGGAUCUUGUGUGGUCUAAUCCUGUAUCUCUGCCUUAUUGGAACACUUAGCGACAUUGUGAUUAGCUUUUUGAAGAAACCCUCUGAACCUGUCAGCAACAGAAAUGGCUACAUACCAAUCAGAGACGACUCCCCAGUAACGCUUGAAGGUGAUGUUCCUGAUUCAUGCACAGGAAGUGGCGCGCAUAGCAGUAACACCACGCAAUUCAUGAACCCAUCCCCUAAAGUGGCAAUUAGUGCAUCGACUAGGCUUACAAGUUUUUCCCAGAAGAGAGAUGAGCCAUGUAAGUAGAAGGACCUGAUGUUUAAAGAAUGGAUAACACUAUCCAACGGAUGAUCGCUCUCCAGCGAAUCAUACUGCGCUAUCCACAAUGUGGAGAUAUAUUUGUCUAGUAGAUAGCGUUUUCCACUCUUCAAACAACUGAGCCUACAGAUCAAUUUAUUCCUAAGGAUGGGUCUGCCACGGCAGUACUUCCUUAUUUGUGUGUGCAGCUCUAACGGUAUUUUUCUCUUUUCGAACUUCUUUGUUGUUGAAUUUGAACAAACGUUCAAUUUUCUUCGCAUUGUGGAACACUCAGAUAGCUAAUUUAUGAAGAUAAGGGUCAGAUACGGUACGAGGGUCCACUUAUCAAGAACCAGAAUAAUGCAAAUACUUUCGGUUCACCGUGAACUGGAACUACUCCUAAAGAGUCGUUGAUGGAAUAAAUCCAGUCCUUAUUUUCUCUCUCUCUCUGUUACAUUCCUAUAGAUUUAGUGGUGCAAUUUUUUCUGUGUUUCUCAUUAAUUAAAAACACAAGCCGUAUUAUGGACACCAAAGUCCCUGCCGGUGCCAUCACGUCAAUCAAUGGAAUGAGAGUGAUGAGUAUGUGGUGGGUGAUCCUGGGACAUGUGUAUGUGUUUCAAACUGUAUCAACUAUGAGUAAGUAUUGUUCACUUCAUAAAGCAAUUUUUGAUCGACUGUUGACAAUUGUAUGGGUUUGGUUUUGCUCUACUUCGCUGUGGUUGGUUUAGAAAAUUCGUUUGAUUUCUCAACCAAACAGAUUCAAAAUGAAAACUAAUCUUGAGUAGGAAAAAUAAGAAAGAUGAUAUGUUUUUAAGCUCGGUAAAGAAAUAGAGGAAGAAAAACACCCAUCUAUCUCUAUUUCUUUACCGAGCUUAAAAACUAACCAUCUUUAUUAUUCUAUUUACAACAUAUGACACUAUCGACACUGCUCAUUCGAGCAGUAUGCAGUAAGCGUGUAAUAUAUGAACUUCGUAAUGGGCCUUACUCACCGUAGAGUCUCUGUGGCAUCGGAGUGCGGAAUCGGAAGGUCUGUAGUUCAAUUCUUCAUGGGUACUAAUUUUUUUUGUCCCACGCUCGUGACAAGACGAAAACAGCCUUCUCUAAUCUUAACUAAUUGAUUACUCAGUCAAGUUUUCGUUUGCGUUUUCCUUUAAUUCUUAAAGGCUCGUGGAUUUUAUUGUCCUUUGUACUGACUCGCAGUUGUGAUUACAUUGGUUUUGUUUUUUCCGCACACUAUCGAGCCUACAAUUGGCGGAGCCAUGAAAAUAAGCGGCGAAACCGCAAGCGAUUUGGGACGGAAAAUUGUCAGCCUCGCCGCUUGUUGCUGUGAAGCGCACAAUAAAACCGCCAGUUGGAAUACAAUAAAAUCGCUAGAAUUGGAGUCUCUCCUUGUCUUUUUCCUUUAUUGUUUACUAUUUGAUUCACCUGCGAAUGGGAUAUUUCAAGCUUGGUCUUUCCCCGGUUGGUCGUUCUCAGUGCUGAAAUGCAUUACUUGUGUUUGUGCUUCAGAUUAUUCUUGAAGGGCUACCACUAGCUAAGUCAACCCUGCGUUAUCAUUGUACCGGUUUCCUAACUUAACAUUUACACAUGAACGUGCGACUCCUUUACGUGUUCUUUGAUUUUCAGCAAGAGAAAAUAAUGGGCUUUUAAUUUCUAGAUUGCUUUCAAUGAAUGAUCCUUGUUAAAUAUGACGCCUGCAAUAAAGAGAAUUGUUUACGAAGUACCUUACAUCAUUCGUAUUUCUCUCUUUUUUUUAUCUGUAGGCAACCUCCUCUCAGUGGUUGAAGUCAUACAUCGAUUUACGUUUGAAGCUAUUGGCAAUGCUACCUUUUCGGUGGACAGUUUCUUUUUCCUGAGGUAUGUAGUUGACAGUUACCUUAUUUGAGGUUAUGGUGUAAUUGUUGUAUGUAUUUCUUUUUGAGGGGGACAUUGACAAUGCACAAGGGUAAUGAAGAUACUUCACAAGGCUGCCCUUUGCAAUUUUUUAUUUAUUUGUAAUUUUUGAAUACAUAUAAUUGCAAGUCUAAGAGAUCUGUGGUUUGUUGUCGCCCAAUCCUUAUGAAGGGGUCGUUUCCCUAACGUUGUUAGGGGCCACUCUUCUUACGGGUGGAGGGUGCUUCUUAUCAUCGGAAAUUUGCGAUGGUGUAACGCAGAGGGAUGUUUUAGUUAUUUUAAGUACUUACACCUCGUGUAUUACAUAGAGAAUAAUACACGGGCGCACGUAGAUAUGGAAUUUCUCUUCCAGUGUUCAACUCGGUAGCUUACGAGUGAGCUGAGCGUAGUUAAACACGAGAAGAGAAAUUACACAUAUACAAGCAACUAUGUAUUAUUUUGUUUAAUAUACAAACAUAAUACGCCUUUAUUGAUAAGAAAAUUCGACUUAAUUAAUGAAUGGAUGAAAGGAUCCGUAAUCCGCGCGAUAAGGCUCAAGAUGAAUAAAAUGCAUGGAAUCAUAACAAAAACAAACAGUGGGCAUAACUUUCAAUUCACCGAAUUCUUACAGGGCAAAAAUCGGUUACAGGGCAAAAAUCGGCGAAAAAUGUCAUUGCCAAAGCCAAGCCAAACUCGGUUUUUCUUUCUGUAUUUUGGUUUUCUUCCGCUUCUAGGAAAAUUUUAACGUCACUUUUUGUAAGCGAUUCGAAUUAUUCAGUGUUGUUAGCAGCCAUUGCCAAGAAAAUUUCGACAAAUGACGUCAGAUGGAGAAUGGUGAAGGCUCUGCUAUUCAUUCAUUAACCUGAGAGAUUAGCGCCAAAGGUAAGUGACGUGUCAGCAGCUAAUUGGCGAUAUCAAAUUCGUGGAAAAUUAUCGUUACGCGUGUGCUGUGGCGGCUUUCUUCAGAAAUGGGAAUCCUUAAUUGUAAAACACAGCAGUUUAGGUAAUUAACUUUUUUUUUACAGUGGUCUCCUGGUUUCGUAUUUGUCUUUGCGUCAUAUGGAGAAGAAAAAUGGACAGCUGCCACUUUUUAAGUACUACUUCCAUCGUUUUUGGAGGUAAGUCUUUUCCUUGCUUGACAAUUUUUAAAUUCGUCAUCGUUAAGUCCACACGUUGGACCAACUUCAAAACUUUCCAUCUUUCUUAUGCUAUUUACAAACCUCAAAGAUCUUCGUGAUAUGUUGCGUAACAAACCUAGUCGAUGGCUGUAGAGGAGAUUACCAACCGGCUGAGUUUCAGUAGUUAGAAGCCACAUAAAAAGACAGUUUUAAUUGCUUUUGUCUAUAAUUCUAGUUAUGACUAAAGCAGAAGUUAUUUGUGACGUGCGGCGUUGUGGUUUUGCGUAUGCGGCCAGGUUACUGAGAUAUUUCAAAAUGGCGGCGUCCGUUCUUGUAUUCGAAGGACAUUUGCAGAUAAUUUUCCAGCGCUUAGGUUGGAACCUCAGAACUGCCAUAAGUGUUAAAUUUUCGUCCACCCUCGUAAUGGCCGGGAUAGAAACAAUUUUCCAAUGGUUUAUGAAGCUUUUAUUACAUUUAAAUAAUUUUCAUUCAGGUAGACAUUGAUAAUUUGCUCUCUCUAGGUCAGUGCCUGAUGCAUUGUGAUAGUUUUUUAUAACAAGUUUGGGUAGUGAUCCUCGUGUAAUGGAUUUUUUCAUAUCUUUCCCCAGAUUAACUCCAGCUUACAUGUUCGUUUUGUUGUUUUACGACAAACUGAAUAGAUUUCUUGGUGACGGCCCUCUUUGGUAUAAAGCACAGGCAAAGAACCCGUGUGACAAGUAUUGGUGGACCAACUUACUCUACAUUAACAACUUCUAUCCAACUAGCAUGAAUGCAUCGGUGAGAUUUUUCCUGAAGUAUUAACAUUAGAGGGUGACAAAGUGUUUAUACGUGACGCGUGAUUAAGGCUGAAAUGGGUGAUGUGUGAAUUGUGCAGAUAGGCGAGCGUAAUUCGUGCAUUAUGAACCAGUGCGUCCGGCGAAAACCUCAAAACUUCCCUGAAGUCUUGUCCACUAAAGGAGAGAUUAGAAGUCUUCCUUUUAUACAUGUGAUGUGUGAGACUGGAUCAGGAGUUACAGGACACUCCUCCUUCCUUUGCUCUUCUCACAUCAGUCAGAGCAAUUUUUUGGGCAAUUAUCGUCGGUUAGUGGUAUAGUUUAAAAGCCCAGUCAAACGCACGCAACAUUUCAACGCGACGUCCUGCAACAUUGUUAAAUGGUGAAGAAGCUGGUUAAAUGCGCGUAACAUCUUGCAAUGUCCAAAAAUGUUGCAACAAAACUUUGACUAUUUUCAAACUUUAUCCAAAACCGUCCAACAUGUCGUAACAUGUUGCUACAGGGUGGCCAAAUGUGUCCAACACAUUGCUCGCAACAACGUUGCAAGAUUUUACGUUGAAAUUUUGCGUGCGUUUGGCCAGGCCUUAGGGAAGCGUCAAGGACCUUAUGCCUGUUUUCAGUAGAAUUGAGGCUAGAACUGUAGUUUUUUGGAGUAGUCUAAAUGGAUGUACGAUGUUUUUCUCUACAGUGCUUUGGUUGGGCCUGGUACCUGGCAAAUGACACGCAGUUUUAUAUCAUUGCUCCCGCCAUACUCUUCGUCGCGUACAGGUAUGAACUGAAGAGAGAGUGCAUCUGUUAUCAAAAAAAAAAAGUUCGAACAAAUAUUGAAGCUGACAUUUACUUCCAGUUUCUUACAAAAGCUGUGUCUGAGGAAUAAUUCUACUGUGUCUAGGCGGGUAUCAUUUUCCUCCACAUCCCCGCCUUCGCAAAUUAUACCUUUCACUGCCUCCACCCGUUGUAAAUGUUUUCUCGGAAGUUUACAAAAAUCUAAAGACAGUAAAAUGCAAUGACAUCUUAUCAGUUUUUGACUCAAUGAGUUGAACUUCUCUGUUGGCUAAAACGUAAAUGUUGAAUAACAGGAAAAAAUAGGGAAAAACUAAUUUAAUGUUUUCCUUGGAAAUGCUUUUUCUUCUACGCGGAAGAUUUCAUUUUCUAUAGAUUAGGAGAGGUAAACCAAGGUUGAUUCAUUUUUAACUUCUUUUUAACUCGUGAAUUGCGCGCAUGCGCAAGAGCGAGUUGUAGUUAUGAUGUGGAGAAUGGCACUCACUCGCUCGCUCGCUCGAUUGGUCGAUUCCUGUAAACUUGUUUUCGAUUUUAGGCUUUUGAGUGCAUUUGAUAGUUUUUGGCGAGUAGUAAACAAACGAAAUGGCGACCUUUGUUGCUAAGAAUAGUGGGUGGGGUGAAAUGGAAGCCAAUGAUAAUCUUAAAAGAGUUUUUUUUUUUUCGUUUUAGUUUCAACAAGCGGCGCCAGCAACUGGCAGGCGUGCGAACAUUCACACUGAAAUAAAAGAACAACCUUCGUUUUUCAUAAAAUUGUAAUUUACAAUCCUUGAACUUGAAAACAAUCUGAAUAUUCAUUAAAAAUAUCACUUACUACGAAGCGCUCGGGGUUUACAGGUGUUCAAAAGCUUUUUCUGUUAUGGCGUGAGAUUGGGGACAAAAUCGAUCAUUACAUUUCGAAUCGUGUGUUUUUUUCUGUGUGAAGCAACAAAAGGUGCCGGUGACUGACGAAUUACUGGUUAACACGAAAAUCAAAUAACACCUAAACAAAUACUUUUGGCUACCGAUUUUCAGUAAAUUUUUAAAGAACAACUUUCUUUUAAGUUUCAAGACGAUUUGAAGAUUCAAAAGAAAUGUUACGUACUAAAAUGCGAUAGUUAUACACCACAAAAUUGAUAAAUAGGCCAUAAAUGAAAUUUUGUCUUGUUCUUGAUUAUACGUUGCCUAGCAAGUGACCAAAAUCUACCCAGGAGGAAAUCCAAAAUGACGGUGGCAGUCUGGGCUUUGUGAUAUCACUCAGAACUCGUUCCCGUUUGUCUCAUUUGAUAAAGAGGGAAUCAUUAAUGUUUUCAUUAAGACAGUAUUGCUUCCACAUUUACUUCCAACCUUUUCUUUUGAACCAGAAACAAAAAUGAUAUAUGUUUAAAACACAUAACAUCAUCCACUCUUGUCAAAUGUAAUAGCAUGAUCAUUUCAAUUGUAAUGCCUUCUUAUCCCAACGUUUCUUUGUUUCUUUGCUACAUUAGCGAACACUGAACUACUGCUCGUACUCUAAACAUGACAGUAAACCACAAAAUUCCCUAAACCAGAUAACAUUAAACAUAAUCCAAAAAAUCAUGUAAGUCAUCUGUCAAUUCACGAGUUUGCUCAUAGAGCAUUUUGAUCUGUUCUUGUUUGUUUCUUCUCAGGUUUCGUCUUCGAGGAUUGAUUGUGAUUGUUGGGUUCUUACUGAGCAUAAGUUUCGCCACCACAGCUGCUAUAUAUGAUCAUUACAAGAUUGCCGCCGUUAUAACUAGUAGAGAAACUCGGGAACAACGGUGAGAACUCCCUCUUUUGUCUGCUCAUUCACCUUUGCACUUGUGAAUUGUAUGUUAAUUUAUCAAUUUUUGAAAAUUUACAUGAAAAAAUCACCAACCCUGAUUGGUUGACUCCGCUAGUAUCCGCUGCGAAGGAAGGGGGUAGGUUUCUCAAGAAACUUAGGUGUGGCGUCAGAGGGAGAUAUUACAUGAUAAUUUGGUUCUAUGUCAACUGAGAUGAUAAUAUAUAUUGGUCACCGUAAAGAGUUUCUAAAGCUGACGAAGAGCUGACGCUCGAAACGUCAACUUUAGAAAUCUACAUUAUCAGCUUAUGAAAUUCAAUAUGAAAACGAUCUUCGCAGUAAUGAACACUACUUGAGCAGUAGUGAAAAUAAGGCCUGAAAAAAAUUCAGGCCUGUACGGGAUUUGAACCCAUGACCUCUGCGAUACCGGUGCAGCGUUCUACCAACUGACCUAACAAGCCAACAAGGAGUUGGUCAUUAUGUUGGUUUUAAAUAAACCCGUGAAGUGAUGAAUAAAUGACUGUAAAUAUAUGAAAGUCAUACAUUUGAACUGCGGAUAAAGACGUGAAUAUGAAAACGACCUUCUACAUUUUCACCAUUGCUCAAGUACUGUUCAUUACUGCGAAGAUCGAAGUCUUUACCCGCAGUUCAAAUAUAUGACUUUCAUAUAUCUAGUUAUUCGCAUCGGCGAAAAUCGUCAGGUGAUAGACAAUGCGUAUUUAUCUAUUGAUUUUGCAGCCAGAAAGGUGUGGAUUUCAUGUCUCUGACUUACGUCAAGCCUUACUGUCGUAUUUCACCGUAUCUUGUUGGCAUGGUAACUGGCUACUUACUUCUCAACGACAAGAACUGGAGACUUCCUAGCAAGGUACGUAAUUAUGGCAAUCUUGUCACAUAAAUGUUACUGAGCAAUUUGUCAUAUUCACUAGAAGGACAAUCAGAGUUGUGUUUCCAUUGCUAGUUGAAGUCAGUUUGCUGGCCUGUUUCAGUCAGCCAGUCGUGAGUCAGUUAGUCAAUCAGCCAGUCAGUCAGUUAGUCAGUCAAUCAUUCAGUAAGUCAACCAGUCGGUUGGUGAUUCAGUCAGUCAGUCGGUCAGUCAGUCUGUUUGUCACACACACAACCCAAAAUCCCUUUAUUCGCUCUAACGAGGGGCUAAUGGGCGAACGUCAACUUGAAACUCUUUAGAGUGGCCAAUAACAUCAUUAACCCCGUUGAUUAAAACCAAAUUAUGUUGUUUGUUAAUUGUGUGUCUAUCUAUUUGCCUGUUCUGUUUGUCUGUCAGUGGAUUUGUCUGGCUGUGUGUUUGUCUGUAUAUAUCUCUCUCUGUCAGUAUGUGUCUCUCUCUAUCCAUGGCUUAUUUGGCCUAUUAGUUGUCUGCCAAGGAGUGAUUAACCAGUAACUUCUUCCAAAAACUAUUCGGGAUGGGUUCGAGAAAUACGAUCAUCUUAUCUCUGUGAUAAAUAGGGUGUAGAAAUAGGGUGUUAUUUUCUUGUGGUACUAAAUUCUUCUUGUCAUGUACAUGUACAGCUGAAAGCCGGGAGAGUUACAGACUAGGUCUGACAAGGAUGGUCCCUCCCUCUAAAAAAAAAAUAAUAAUAAAGAAGGGUGUUAAGCUCCCAGGAUACAAAGUUAUUUCCUGACUUUUAUAAAAGUUAUUGAAGGUUCGGACGUACUUGAUCAACAUGGCUGGCUGGUGUGUUGCUAUCGCUCUCGCCCUGUCUACUCUGUAUGGUCAGUACAAAGUCACCAGGAAAGAUAAUCCCGUGCCAUUCUCUCGCGCUGAGAAUAUCAUAUACGGGACUUUCUCACGGUUUGCAUGGAGCCUGGCACUAGCUUGGGUGAUUUUUACUUGCCAUAAUGGGCUUGGAGGUACGUCUUGAUUGAUAACUGGCUGAGUGUCAAAGGAAGUGUAGAAAUUACAAUAGAUUUUGAAAUACAAGCUUUGUAUGUAAUUACCUCCGUUCUCAAGGGUCCAUUCGAUAACUAACUUCGCUCCUAUUUUUUAUUGUAAUUUAAUUUUUGUUUGCAACGUUAUGAGACAGAUGUUAGAAUUCAGAGAGUAUUUGUGCUCAUUGGGAGAUCGUUUUAUGGGACCUAGUCAAAGUUUUGAAGAAUGUUAUUUUACACUGCUAAAAUAACUGUUCAUUAUUAACUUUAGUCAAGGAUCUGUCUGUAACAAAACCUGCUGGAUUACAGAAGUCAUCCAACUCCUGCAGAUGGCAAAUCCAGUAGUGUAGGGCUUAUUUUUGUCUGGUGCAGAACAGCCUAGAUUUUGUCUAGUAUCAUGUAUAAAAGACAGGUCUCUCAGUGACCUCGGAAUGCAGCCAUUAAUCCGUGGACAGGUGAUCCCCCCCCUCCCUCCUCCCGGUAACGAUGGUCUAAAGGGACAAUUGAUGGUACUUCACUUAGAUGUGACCUUAACAGUAUGUAUGGCUGACCGUCGAACCAAUGAUCUCAGGUGAUUUUUAUGUUCAUAUCUAGAGAAUCUCUCAAUGUUAUAUAAAAAAAACUUUUGUUGAUUUGUUUCUGUUGCAAGGUUUGGUGAAUAAAUUCCUGUCGGCUCGAUUCUGGAUUCCACUGAGCCGGCUGACGUACUGUGCCUAUCUGGUUCACCCCAUCAUCAUCCUCACUCUGUUUCUCUCGUUUGAGACUGUUUGGGCAUAUUCUGAUGUGCAUAUGGUAAGUGGGUCAUUUCGUACUUCUAAAUUCUACAGCGAGCAAGGAAAAAUGCCAGAGAAUUUUUAGGUGAGGGACAACGCUGACAUUGGGUGAAAACGCUGGCAUCAUAACGAUUAGAAGCGCACGCUUUUGACACCCCAAAAAUUAGCAGGUAUAUAUUUAUCUUCCAAAUGAAUAGCUGUGAAAAAUGGAGCCAUUUUUAUCUGAGUGUCCAAAGCAAUCCGGGAUUGCUUUGGUUUGCUUUACUUUGGUUUGUGAUUGGUCGAUAAACUUGCGCCACUUUUUCAACCAAUCAGUAGAUCCAUAACUGAAACCAAUUUCGACUUGGUUACCCGCGUUUUCCCGCGCUUUAGGUAGUUUUCUUGGCUGUUAGCGAUAUUUUCCUUCUUCUGAUUGACUGGUUUGAUUACGUUCAACUUGGUUUUGGUUUUACGACACUCAAUCGAAAAGCGCUCCAUAUGAAAAAUGAAACCUUGUAGCGAACACUUUAUGUUAUCUCUUGGAAGCUACGUUUAUAUUAGCUUUCCAUUCCAGCAAAAAUGAUUUUGACCAUGGACCCGAGAAAUAUAAAGGCCGUCGCCUUUUCCGGAUUAAUGUAUCGCGGUUUGCUGGUUUAAAAGUAACUGUCUUUGUUUGGUCUCUAGGCUUUCUGUUAUGUCGGUGUACUUGGCAUUACGUAUGCAGUGGCCUUUAUUGUGUCAGUGUGUGUGGAAUAUCCCAUGAUGCAGCUGGAGAAGUUAAUAUUCAAAGGCGAUAACUGAGCUCAGAUGUCAUGGCUGGAAGCAAGUGUCUCGCACACUUCAUUCGUUGAUGCACUAUUCUAACACUGACACGUAUUGUUAUGAUCAUUAUUAUGGUCAUCACAAUACAUCCAAUGCAAUUAAUAAUUUUUGAUAAUUAGUCGCUGUUAACAUUUUUUGUUGUUAGCAUCUGACUUUGUCCUCAGUGUAACCUCAAAAGGUUACCUAAGAGAAUGAGCGGACAAUUCGAACGCGCACAGUGAUCUUUAUUGUUUUUGGAUGAUAGCGCUAAGACAAAACUUGCUCGAUAAGAGUAGCGGUUGAGGUUGCGUGUGUGUGUGUGGUUCGAACUAAAAGAAAAUACAACAUGAACUAAACUAAGAAAAAUGCGUUGCGAAAUGUAACAUUAACCUAACUAAAAAUGAAACGAUUGCAAGGAAAACUGUAUACGAGAACUACACCAAUAAUAAAUACAAAAGGUAAACAACGUAAAUGUUAAAGAAAUAGAGAGUUACUUUGGUCUAGCUCCUAAUGGUAGCAAAUAGCUUGUAGCGAUUAUCUAGCAGUGACGAUUUUGCAGCGAUGAUUUUAUAGCAGUGAUUCAGUAGCGAUUGAAAUAGAAUCUUUACACGUGUACUUAAAUGGGAAUUGAUCGGAGAUUAAAACACUUAUUGUGUAAUAAUCAUUAAAGACUUAUUGAUAGAAAUGAACCAGAACAAAAACGAUAAUAAAAUGUGUAUUAACUAAGCGUUUCGAAACUAACACCCAGAAGCCAAAGGAUUUUGCGCAAAUGCUAACGCAGGAAACAAUUGUGAUUUGCAUGAUAGUAAUUCAAAAUGUAUGCAUUUCUAGAUCAGGAAUAUUUCGGUUUGAAGGCCUGGGUUGUAAUCCUUGGCUACGAAAAUAGUUGCAAUUUAGAACUUAAGUGAUUAGUUAAAAAAUUCUUCUUUUUUCGGCCAUUAAUUGAUGAGCAGGUAGAUAUUAAGAAUUAGGAUAAACUUACUAGAUUUCGUUACUCGCCAUCUUUUCUGUGAUUGAGCAGUGAGUAAAGUUAUUACCCAAAUAGUGUGUGGGUGUGAACAACAAGCCUCUCUUGUUGCUACUUUUGGAAUGACCACUAGAUUUGUACUAAAACAAUUAGAUUCUUUGUUCUCGAUUUCUAUCGCGUGCUAGCUGAUGAGGGAAAGGUGUUUUUACUAUGAAUUAAAAAAUUCUCCUAAAUAAAUUAAACGUAAGGGUAAUUAGCGAAGGGAAUUUUCAUAAAUGAUGAUCAUUUUCAAAGUUUUGCGUAGAAAGAGAGAAAAAUUUGUGCACAUUAAUAAAUGUAUUCUUAUAACACCAACCGCAAGACUUCACUGAAGAAUUUUUUCAGCAUCAUUUGUAACUAAAAUUAUGCUCAAAAAAAGCAAACCAGCCGAAAAAAAUUAUUAUUUUAUUUACCAAUCUACAGUGGUCCCCAUGGUAAAAAAAAAAUUCUCUUGGAAGGGACAACCCUGUGCCUAAGACGGUAUUUAAGACUUUGGACACAGUUUUUCCCUUGCAGAUCUCCCGCCCAGGAAAUAACAUAUUCCUAUUGGCUGUGUACACACCUUUAAAUACAUCUCGCAGACCUUUGGUUACAUCCUCUUCACUGCAUUGUUUGGGUGCGCAAAUUCCCCAGCGGACAGGAAACAACGAACAGUAACAUAUAGUUAGAAGACCAUGGCUCCCUUCCGAGAUUCAAGUUUGGGUAUUUUUUCUUUGGCAGAAGGUUGGGUUCACCAAAUUCAGAUACUGUACUAUGCUGACAAAAUUUUGUUUCUUUUAUGGGUCGCUAAAGUCUGAAACUUAAUAGCAUAUUUUUGAUAAUCUAGGAAAUCAAAUAUAAGAGAAAUUAGGCUAUGGUCUUAAAAUUACACUUCACUUAAAAAAGGCUGAUGCAAUAUCAUAUUUGUAGAAUGAAGCAAAACUUGACAAUUUAUGAAAGUUUACUUAAUAAAAACUGUAAUAUGUACUCACCUUGGUGAUAUUUAAAGAAGGCUGUGUAAAAGACAGAUAGGCCAAACAAUAAUGAGCAUCAGGUAUGGUUUCAGUAUACUCACUGUACGAUCCUAACCAACCAGUGUUCCCCUGAAAAAGUCCACUUUGAGGUUUGCGGAUAGCAUCCACAUCUCAAGAAAAGAGACCGC